AUGAACAUAAUGUACUCACAUAUCGUAGGAAAUAGUGGCAUCUCGGCCCCCAAAAUUCCCACAAUUAUUGCUUACGAUGAAGAACGACCAGAAGAUUUCAAAUGGGGCGCAUCUGUAGAUGCUCUUGAGAGUGGCAUUACAGGCAUCAAACUUCUCCUUGACCCAGAGCAAGCGAGACCUCUAUACCUACCGUCGAUCAAUGUCAAGAAAAAUCUCAAAGAGCUUGCCAAGCCACCGGUUGAGAUUGCUGCUGAUUUUAUUGGAGCAAUCUAUAAGCAUGCCUUGGCCGAAAUUUCUAAAACUGUGCCCAAACCAUACAUGGACAUGUGCUCGAAAGAAUUCGUUGUGUCUGUCCCAGCUGUUUGGUCUGACGCCGCCAAGAAUGCUACUCUCCAGGCUGCAAAGUCUGCUGGAAUUCACCCAGUAACUCUCAUUAAAGAGCCAGAGGCAGCCGCGCUACAUAUCGUCAAGAGUCUUGAUUUCUCCAUUAAAAAAGGAGACGCAUUUGUGGUUUGCGAUGCUGGCGGCGGAACUGUGGACCUCAUCUCAUACGAGGUGGAACAGAUCAUACCAAAACUACGGGUCAAAGAACUGGUCCCAGGAACAGGCGGUAUGGCUGGGUCUCUGGGAUUGAAUCAACGGUUCGCUCAAGCUGUUCAUGAUCUAGUUGGGGACGAUCAGUGGUACAUUCUGAAAAAAAGCAAAGCGUGGGCAAUGGCCCAAAGGCAGUUUGACCAGGAAGUCAAACGGGCUUUCAAAGGCGAACGUGAUGAAGAGGAGGACCUCCUUCGGAUUUUUGACCCUCUUAUCGAGGAUAUUCUGAGGCUCAUAGAGCUCCAAGUACAGGCCAUAAAACUCAAACGCCUGAAAAUGGGGAUUUCUGGCAUCAUGCUGGUUGGCGGUUUUGGCAGCAGUCGUUACCUCAUGAGGCGAGCCAAAAGCCAUUUCUUGGGUAUUGAGGUUCUUCAACCCCAGGAUGCUUGGGCUGCCAUCGUGAAGGGUUCUGUUCUCUCACAGCUCCCUGGUCAAGCUUGCGUAGUCAGUACUUCGGCAACUAUGCACUACGGGACAAGUGCAUGCGCUUCGUACGAUUUGGUCGAGGAUGCCGGACAACCAACAAGCGUCCGCCGAGAUGGCUCAAUUGGCGUACUAAAGAUGGAAUGGUUCAUAAAGAAGGGGGACGACAUCCAUCGUGACCAAAAGAUCAAGUUCCCUUUCUUUAGAAGCUUGGAAGACGACUACACUAGCGAGGACCUCAUAUUCCACGACACACUUUACCAAUCCCGACAUAACGUGGCGCCGGUCUAUCCCUCCACAGGGAAGCUGAUGCGAGAAACCUGUUCUGUAAGAUCUGAUCUUACCAGCGUGUCAAAAUCUCAUAUGAUUCAGAAGAGAGACCUGCUAGGCGUCCCAUACUAUGAUUUGCACUUUCAUCUUGUCGUCUCUCUCCAGUCUGCAGUCAUGACUUUUUCCUUGGAAGUUGAUGGCCAAACCAUGGGAUGUGUCACUGUGGACUACAAAUGA